AUGUCUUUCACCUGGUCAACCGCCGAUCUGGGAGUUGUCGUCGAUGGGGACGAUCCCAUCACUUUACGCUACGGAGAUACCUCUCCUGAGCGGUCCGCCACUCCUCCAUAUACCACUAUCAUUGCUCUGCAUGGAUCCGGUUUCAACGCGACAAUCCGCACCCACGUCGCCAGCAUCAUCCUGUUUGAACCACCUGGUCUGGUGUACGGCAUUCCACUUAGCGAGCCACUGUGGGAAGAAGAUUCCCGUCCCGCGAAAGUCGGUCGCUCCUUCGUGGAUGGCUUGCUUCGUCCUCUAGCUGCCGAAAGGGUCCAUCUGGUUUACGCAUCGGUGGACAAGUUCGAACUUGCAUCGCAAGACUUAUUCACCUGGGACGGAGUCAGCACGCCGGACCGAGAGGCUGUAUCUAAAUUGGCUUUUGAACGAAUUCCGCCGUUCCUUGGGCUUGGUGUCGUAUAUUGUUCGGGCACGAUCAUCGCCUGCAUAGACGGAUCGAAACAUGUCAUCGACCAAUGUGGUAACCAAGUUAAUGUGACCACCACGGUCAUACCUGACGGUGAUCACUUCUUGAUGGCGACAGACCCAGAAGCGUUUAACCGAGCAGUUAUCUCGACCAUUCGGGAACUUGCUGCCAAGGUUUCGGAUGCCUCGUCUUGA